AUGGAGCUGAAGGAAUUGUCUGCCGCGACACUGUUGAAACUCGUGUCUUUCCUGUUCUGGAGUUCAUUAUAUUUGUGGUGUUCAAUCAGAGCGCCAGGCCAGAGUCCUGAAUGGCGCUCCCGGGCUGUGACAUUGCUGCACGGCACGGUUGCCACCAUAAUCGGCUUGUCGCAGUGUGGUGUACGCUCGCUAACACCAUGUCAGCUCGCCAUGAAAAUAACGGCGGGACAUUACGCCCUGAUGGUUUGGUCAUGGGGCUACUUCGCGUUCGACCUUCUCUGGUGUCUUGUGUAUAUGAAUGAAAAUUCGCUUAUACUGUUUCACCACGCCAGCGCCCUUAUUGCUAUCACAUUAUAUAUGCAGAAGGACUAUACUGGCUGUACAUUUGCUUGCACGCUGGCGCUUUUGGAAGUUACCAAUCCUCUACUUCAAAUAAGAUGGUUUCUUAAACACGAGGGAUAUGACAAAACUAUAAUAUAUAUUGUAGUAGAAGCAUUAUACUUAAUAAUGUUCCUCGCAGCGAGGGGCGUCUUCGGCACCUACAUAAUAUACAAGAUAUUACAAUCGGAUAUAUUCGAUCUGGACGAAAAAUUUAUGUCCGUUGUAUUCUAUAUAGUAUCAAUAGCAUUCAUUUACGAUAUAUUUGGAUACGUGCUUUAUAAAUACAAGAACAAAAUCGACGAAUUUAAAGGAUUUUUGGACGAAAGAGGAAUUUUAUUAAAUGAAAGUUUAUAACGUCAAUUUAGAAUGCACUUUUUA